AUGAGCAAGAUAAAAGGCAAUCCUGUAGUCGAAUCUUCGCCUUUACCCGAGAAGAUUGAAAAGAUUCUUGAUGGUUUCCGAGAGUCUAAAGCCACGUUUGCAGCUUGCGAUUUUGGGAUCUUCGACAAACUAUACAAUUCAUCGUCGCCGCAAUCGGCCAAAGAAAUCACGGAGAUGCUGUCCUCUGAUUUAGACGCCACUACACGACUCUUGGAUACCCUUGUUGCUUUGGAAUUCUUAGAAAAGUCGAAGCAGGGCGAUCAGUGGCUGUACAAGAACACAGAAAUAGCCUCUAAGUUUUUGACAACUACAAGUCCUGAUUCUCAACUUGGCACAAUAAGUCUCUUUAACAAGAUUGUAUAUCCUCUUCAUGGUUCCUUGGAGAGUGCAGUCCUCGAUGGAAAGAUUCAGUGGAUGAAGGCAUUUGGAAAGUCGCCUGAAGACAUAUUUCGUGAAACCGUUAACAGCACUGAGGAAGACAGCUUACGUUUUAAUAAAGGAAUGCAUAGUUUGGCCUUCCCUGCAAGCUAUGCAGUUGCUAAAGCCGUCGAUUUAAGCGCUUUUAACAACUGCUGUGAUUUAGGAGGUAUGUCAGAUUUCAAGCCAGAUAUUUUUUGUUUUAGGGCAAGAAUUUCAUUGUUAUUUUAGACAACCUUAGUAAAAAUUAGUAUGAUGGUACGGGGGUCUUGCUCAACUAACCUUGUCCCAGGGGCUUUAAUUUGGACCGAGACUGGUGUUCAAUGCAUGAAAUUUUAAUUAAGGUACGUAACAUUUGUCCAUGCACAUACCACCCUGCAAAAGUAGCCACAGGCAGCCCAGGCUAACGAUAGGGGAAGCAGCGGCAUUGAAUAAACCGUUCUCUGUCAACAUAAUUUCAAAAUUUCUAAUCAUUUUUUUCUUUUUUCUUUCCAUGACAUAUCCAGGAGGAGUAGGAACUCUUGCCUAUGCGUUGUGUCAGUACAAUCCUCAAAUGAAGAUAACAGUCUGUGACCUGCAGCCUGUUGUCAGCUUAACUCAUCACUUCCGACCAUCAGUAGAGGAUUGCCCCAAUCAAGUUAACGUCUCUUUCAUGAUAGGCGAUUUCUUCAAGCCUGAAACUUUACCAAAGGCUGAUUUGUAUGUCUUGUCUCGCAUUCUUCAUGACUGGCCAGAAGAAAAAGUUGAACUGAUUCUUGACAACGUCUUCAAUUGUUUACCCUCAGGUAAGACAGAAAACACUGCAGCUAAUAUAGAGAGCUUGGCAACUUAACACCAAUGAUCCGCGAAACACCUUUGUGUUCCACGAAACAUCGCAUUGCACCUUAUCUAUGAGCCAGGACGCCAUUCAAACCCACCAGUAUUAAUUUUGUCUACCAGUUGUUUCGUAAAAAGGGGCUUACUGGAAACUAAGAGCAAUAGCAUUUUUUCGUGCUAAAAGAUAUCAGAUUUAAAUUAAAGCACUUUUCUCUCAGAGAAACUUGAUGGUAAGUGACACACGUAGACGCCAACACCACAAGGCCUGGCCAGGACCUUUCGCAUUCUCUCCAUCAUAUCACUCAUCAGCAGAUUCCUGGCGUUCAGAUAGUUGGAAGCUGCGCGAAGUAAAACGGGGCGCGAAAAAAAUUAAAACGAGCGAAGGGGAGAGAGGUGAUAGGGGGAGCCUCACCGCUCUCUCCAGCCCGCCUUUUUUUUUCCUUCGCGCCGCUCCCGAUUAUCUGAACGCUCGCAAAAGGCUAAACAUCCGGACAGUGUGGCGGCUGUAAACAGUUCUCCUCUGCAUGGAGUACGCUGGAAAGGUGGAUCAGCGUUGUUGCCGAUCAACCCACAGCCUGACAACCAGUACCUGAUCAGUACAGUGUUGGUCGCAAAUUGCUAAUUUUUUUGCUUAUGCUAUUUUUAAAGCAACUGCAAUAGUUGUGUUUUCUGAAUUGAUCUUUCGAUCCGUGUGUCAGUAAAUUAAAGGCCUGUGCGUCCGUUUGAGGAAUUUGUGAAUUCUGUAGGAUUAUUGGAUGAGAUUCUUAGUGUUCAAAAAAGAUGUGCGCUCAUUAUACUAGAUGCUCCUUUUCAGGCUUGAACCCUGCCACUAUUUUUGGAACUGGGGUGGCUACCCAUCGAUCACAUCUGCCUUGAAAGAAGACUCCCUCUGUUAAAAAAAAAAAUCUUGGAUGGACGUGCACCGGAUUACCUCUCUGAGAAACUGUUAUCUUUGAAAUAUCACAAGUCACAUGAUAAAAAGGUCUCGGUUGCCUUAUCGUCUGUCUAUUCUACGUACCAACAACAUGAAGCGAAUGCUCUUUUAUAAUGCAGUUAAACUGUGGAAUAAAGUCAGUGACAAUGAUGUAGUCUGCUCUUCUGAAAUUCAAAUCCAGUUAUGUGUAUACUCACGCCUGGUAGCUUUAAAAUUGACCGAAAUUUUUUGGUUUUAGAUGACAUAUUUUUUCAUAAUUUAUCAUCUUAAAGUACUUUAGCUUUUUAAUCAUGUGUAAAUUUGAAUAAAUUUCGCCUGAGAGCUUUAGAAUCGACAAAACAUUUUUAGCUUUCUUAAACUUGAUAUUUAAAUUAUUUAUUACUUUAUAGUAUUUAAAAAAUCUAGUUUUUUAGUAGUUUCAUGCGGCCAUAAGGGAGAAUUAUGCACGAAUCAUUCAUUUAUUGGUUUUUAUUAGGUGAGCCAGCCCGAUUAGCCGGGCUGACCUGCUAUACCAGCCUGGCUGGGCUCAUGCCUUAUUUCUUCAUGAAAUUUUCGUCGUGUUUAUAUGAGAAGGAGGGCUGGCCCCCUUGCCGAGAUGCCGAUUCCUCGAUCGACCCGACAUCUCGGCAUGAGGGCCACACAACAGCAAUUUUACGAGGAAAUAAGGCGUGAGCCGGGACAGCCCAGUAAAGCGGGCCAGCCUGGCUCACCUCCUAUACAAACUCCAGCCCUUUAUAUCAGAGAACCGUAAAUUCUAUCCACGGCCUGGUCAGAACCUUCAUCCAAAUUUCGACAGAUGUAUAUGCUGGACCGUUUUUCCUUUAGUAAACUUAGCAUUAAAGAAACGAUGGUCGUGUCCUCGGAAUACCCCGAAAACGUUUUGAUUACGCUUCUUUUAACCAUGUAUUUAACUUUAUUAAAUAAUACACAGGUAGCGUUUAAAUUGAGUAGGAAAAAAGCAAGAAUAUCGAGCUUUGUGGUGACAACUCCUCUUUUCUUUGAUGUUCAUUAGGAGGGGGACUUCUUAUUUGCGAGAAGAUUUUAGAUGAAGACAAACGAGGCCCGAAGCGUGCUCUUCUUGAAUCACUUACCAUGUUGGUUGCUACUGGAGGAAAGGAAAGAACAGCAUCUGAAUACAAACAUAUCCUCGACAAACAUGGAUUUAUAGUAACUCAAACGAAACAAUUACAUCAGUCUUUAUUUAUGGAUGCCAUGUUAUGUAUAAAGAAGUAAAGUUCAAUCGGUGAGUGAGUGGUCUCAGCUGUUUUUACCGCUUACAAUUGGAAGCCGAGAUCUCAAUGAGCUCCGGGCUUGUCCGAGAUUUUCUCGCUACGAGUCCUUUUCGUUUAAAUGUGUUAAUCAUUUUUGAUAUUUUACUAUUACUGUUUUUAAAUUUUACAAAGUGGCAAAUGAAUAAAAGAAAAUACAGAAAUACCAUAAAAUAAAUGAAGUUCACAGCUACCCGAAAACGCCUUUCUUGUCACCCUAGACAUGUCAUCUCUCGACACUAACAAACCUCAUAACGAGGGCAUAGAUGCCUGUCGUCAUUUUCUCAAUACAAGCGACCACAACGCUUCAUCCAUGAGCAAUGAAACACUUUGUGACCUCAUACACGUGACUUUCAAGAUUGGUUAAAAGCUUAAAAUGACGUAUCGGAUAGCUCUAGACAAAAAUCUACAAAUAAGGAAAUUAAAAAAGAUUAUCACUUAGAAGAAUAUCUAAAGAUAGUUAGAAAUCCAGCUCGGUAGAAUCAGUAUGACUAAACUGCGAUUGGAAGUUCAUACUUUACGUAUACAAACAGGGAAAUAUUAAAAUAAGGAUCUUCUAUACAAGUAGAGGAGAGGCUUUGUUUAGUUUGCAAAAGAAACCGCAUAGAAGACGAGAAGCACUUCUUCUUGUUAUUGUAUGGAACACCAUAGUCUUAGACAGAAACUUUAUUUUCAUACUUCUGCAAAUGAUGCAAACUUCACCAAUUUAACAGAUCAUGUACUAGUUACAUAAUUUUAAGGCCUUUAAUUAGGCAGAUCAUUUCUUUACUUGGCAAUGUUAAGAUAUUGUAAAGAAAAGGUCUUAUUGAAGGAAUUACUUGUAAUGGGGGACUGGGUACUAGUCAAAAAACCGUUUACCUGCAUAAGUGAUUACCUAUUCAAAUGUUGCCCAGCACAAAUUUGUAGUUCUUUAUAUUGUAAGUUGUCGUGUAGCAAUUAAGUNGUUAAGAUAUUGUAAAGAAAAGGUCUUAUUGAAGGAAUUACUUGUAAUGGGGGACUGGGUACUAGUCAAAAAACCGUUUACCUGCAUAAGUGAUUACCUAUUCAAAUGUUGCCCAGCACAAAUUUGUAGUUCUUUAUAUUGUAAGUUGUCGUGUAGCAAUUAAGUCAAAGAACUUCCAAUUUUUGCUGCCAUUUUUGCUUAAAGAGUUUUGGCGGCCGUAAGAGGUCACGUGUCCUAAAUUGGAUAAUCGCAUGUAAUAAAAAGUAUAACUUUUCGAGAAAUCGCUAGUUACACACAAUUUACAGCUUAACGAUAAAUAAUUACGAAAAUAUACCACCUCUCAGUUUUCAAUUUGCAACGAAAAUCGCUUUUGACCCGGCCAUGCCUCAAUUUACUUGGGAAACGAGCGACCUUGGAAAGAUCCAUUCUCGUCCCCAGAGCCACUCGGCGUAAUUUGUAACGAACCAGUGGCUCUGAACGCAACGGAAAAUACGAAUUUUUUUAUUGGUUGAAGGCAAUUGAACGCGCCGAGCAAAUGAACGAUAUGAUCUUCUGCGCAUCAGAUUUUACUUCCCGCCCUCUCGCACUGCAGAACCGUGUCUGUUUUACGACGAUCACAACAAUUCUGUUUUGUUUUUAUGCAAUAGCUGUGAAGAAGGGAAUUGAAGGUAAAGUUUGAGACGUUUUAACGAGGACCACCAGCCUUGACAAAGAACGUUUGCCUUCGUUUUGCGCUAAACCUUGCCUCUGUAUCGACCGUCGCAUCCUGGGAAACUGAAAGGACGAUUAUUAAAGCUGUAUAUUGGGUGCAUGUAUUUGACCUUGAAUUAAUGUUAUUAAGAUGAAAGAGGUCUAUGAAGUUGACUCUUUAUGAAAUUUAGUAACCUGUCACCUAUUUUUACGAAUGAGUUAUCUCCAAUUUGGAGCAACGAGCACCUUGAUUUACGUGAUUUGAGGUGAGCGAAAGGGGGGGUGGGGAGGGGGGCAUAAUUACAAAGAACAAGCUGAAAAUUAGGCUGUACAAUAUAUCUAAUUGACCUCUCGUCUGAUCAAAUUUUACAUACACAUUAGUCGGCCAUUUUCUGCUACUUCAGUUUAAAAGAUGAGCGAGAUAAAAGGCAACCCUGUAGUCGAAUCUUCGCCUUUACCCGAGAAGAUUGAAAAGAUUCUUGAUGGUUUCCGAGAGUCUAAAGCCACGUUUGUAGCUUGCGAUUUUGGGAUCUUCGACAAACUACACAAUUCAUCGUCGCCGCAAUCGGCCAAAGAAAUCACGGAGAUGCUGUCCUCUGAUUUAGACGCCACUACACGACUCUUGGAUACCCUUGUUGCUUUGGAAUUCUUAGAAAAGUCGAAGCAGGGCGAUCAGNUGCCUUCGUUUUGCGCUAAACCUUGCCUCUGUAUCGACCGUCGCAUCCUGGGAAACUGAAAGGACGAUUAUUAAAGCUGUAUAUUGGGUGCAUGUAUUUGACCUUGAAUUAAUGUUAUUAAGAUGAAAGAGGUCUAUGAAGUUGACUCUUUAUGAAAUUUAGUAACCUGUCACCUAUUUUUACGAAUGAGUUAUCUCCAAUUUGGAGCAACGAGCACCUUGAUUUACGUGAUUUGAGGUGAGCGAAAGGGGGGGUGGGGAGGGGGGCAUAAUUACAAAGAACAAGCUGAAAAUUAGGCUGUACAAUAUAUCUAAUUGACCUCUCGUCUGAUCAAAUUUUACAUACACAUUAGUCGGCCAUUUUCUGCUACUUCAGUUUAAAAGAUGAGCGAGAUAAAAGGCAACCCUGUAGUCGAAUCUUCGCCUUUACCCGAGAAGAUUGAAAAGAUUCUUGAUGGUUUCCGAGAGUCUAAAGCCACGUUUGUAGCUUGCGAUUUUGGGAUCUUCGACAAACUACACAAUUCAUCGUCGCCGCAAUCGGCCAAAGAAAUCACGGAGAUGCUGUCCUCUGAUUUAGACGCCACUACACGACUCUUGGAUACCCUUGUUGCUUUGGAAUUCUUAGAAAAGUCGAAGCAGGGCGAUCAGUGGCUGUAUAAGAACACAGAAAUAGCCUCUAAGUUUUUGACAACUACAAGUCCUGAUUCUCAACUUGGCACAAUAAGUCUCUUUAACAAGAUGCUAUACCCUCUCUAUGGUAACUUAGAAAGUGCAGUCCUCGAUGGAAAGAUUCAGUGGAUGAAGGCAUUUGGAAAGUCGCCUGAAGACAUAUUUCGGCAGGCAGUUAACAGCACCGAGGCAGACAGCUUACGAUUUAAUAAAGGAAUGCAUAGUACGGCCUUCUCUGCAAGUUAUGCAGUUGCCAAAGCCGUCGAUUUAAGCGCCUUUAACAACUGCUGUGAUUUAGGAGGUAAAUCAGAUUUCAUCCCAGAUUUGUUUCGUCUAGAGCAAGAAUUUUAUUGUUAUUUUAGACAACCUUAGUAAAAAUUAACAUUCUAAGCCACCGUGGUUCAUUAAAAUUUGUUGCAUGGUUAGCAGAGCGGAAAGGACGCUGGACCAGAGAACAGGGGGUUGUGGUUUAAUCCCGUGGGCGAUCUUAAAAUAACUGAGGGGGAAGGUACUGCCACAUUCUCGUUCCCAGAACUUCGAUCUUCUUGGUCAGCGUCUGGGAUCGAUCCCCGACGCUGACCAAAAGGAUCGAGGAUCUGGGAACGAGAAUGGGUUCCGCCAUUGCCCUUCAAAUAACAAUUCCUUUUCGUGGCUCUUAGGAAUGAUUGCACUGUCUCCAGCGGGGGUCGUGCUCAGCUAAUCGUGUCCCAGGGGCUUUGAGACUGUUGGUCAAUACAUGAAAUUUUAAAUUAAGGCACAUAAAAUUUAUCCAUGUACAUACCACCCUGCAAAAGUAGCCACUGGCAGCCCAGGCUAUCGAUAAGGGAAGCAGCGGUAUCGAAUAAACCGUUCUCUGUCAACAUAAUUUCAAAAUUUCUAAUCAUUUUCUUUCAUUUUUCUUUCCAUGACAUAUCCAGGAGGAGUAGGAACUCUUGCUUAUGCUUUGUGUCAGUAUAAUCCUCAGAUGAAGAUCACAGUCUGUGAUUUGCAGCCUGUUGUAAGCUUAACUCAUCACUUCCGACCAUCAGUGAAAGAUUGUCCCAACCAAGCCAAUGUAUCCUUCGUAGUCGGUGAUUUCUUCAAGUCUGAAACGUUACCAAAGGCUGAUUUGUAUGUGCUCUCCCGCAUUCUCCAUGACUAGCCAGAAGAAAAAGUUGAAGUGAUUCUUGACAACGUCUUCAAUUGUUUACCCUCAGGUAAGACAGAAAACACUGCAGCUUCAGCGUAGCACUUGUGCAACGGAUCGUCGCAUUGCACCUUGUCCGCGCGCCAGGAUGCCAUUCAAACCCACUAGCAUUUAUUUUGUUUACCAGUUGUUCCGUAAAAAGUAGCUUACUGAAAAACAAGAGCAAUAGCAUUUUUCGUUCUAAAAAUAUCAGAUUUAUAGCACAUUUCUCUCAGAGAAACGUAAUAAUAAGUGGCACUACGUACUUCAUAAAAUAAUUAGUUAGCUAUUGUCGAUAACAGUACAGACCAUUGAACACUGUUGUCGAUUUGUUUGGUAACACUGAUCUGAAACAGGAGGUCCAUGAAUUGCCAAUUUCCGGCUUGUUAGUAGUCGUCGGAAGGAAACGAGAGGUACAGUUUUAAACAAGGUAGGAUGACAGAACGAUGAUUGUAUUAUUGGCGCCAAACUCAUUCUAGCUGUAAUAAUAUUAAUAAUAAUAACUUUAUUCAAAUAGCGCUCAUAUCCUGCGCUCAUGGCGCUUUAGAAUGUAAAAAGCGGGGGAAUGAAUUAAUUUACAUUUAUUUAUUUAUUUAUAAAUUUUGCCAAGAGGCCUCGAUCACUCACAGAGCAAACUCCAAUACGAGUUCCAGAAAAAAAAGAAAGAAAAUCAGUAAUACAACUACGAGAAUGACAAUACUUUAGAAACGGCAAAAAAAGAAAUGAACAGCCAGUGUUCCAGAGGUAGGCUGGUAAAGUAUUCCAGAUUCUUGGGGCUCUAUAGUAAAAACUGUUCUCAAAUCAAAGGUGAUGGUGUUAGCCCUAAUCGUAUUCAACAGCGUUCCCCUGGAGGAGACAGUACUCUUGUGUCUACUGGAAUUUAUGGCUGAAAUAAAACCGUCCGAUAGACUAACUACACAUUUGAAUACGUACACAAAUCUAAAAAUUCGUGCCAAUUACACAAUGGUAGUAGCUCAAUUUUCAGAAACCUCUGCUUAUAACUAACUUCACACUGACACGGCAAAGACAGAAUGAAUUUUGCUGCGCGCCGCUGAAUUCUUUCGUUGUCAAGGAUAAGAUUAACAGCUUGAGGAGCCCACGCCUGCGAGCAAUAUACGAGUUUGCUGCGAACUAGUGACAGGUAAAGUAGCCUGCGAGCUCGCUGGUUAUGAGUGUCGAAAGUUGAUCUCCGGAGAAAGCCAAGCAUCCUCUUGGUCUUCGAACAAGCUGCCAACACUUGAGAGUUCCAUUUCAGAUGUUUAGUAACGAAAACCGCAAGGUCCUUCUGAGAGGGUGUGAAUGGGGUUAACCAACUAGCGACAAAGGGCGAAAAAUAUUACUGACUACCGACAAAGUGAGUAAAAAAUUACCAACUACCGACAGGAAAAAUAUUAACCGACUACGGACAUGGGCUAUAUAUUAUUAAUAUUUGUUUCCAGAAAAAAGAGCAUUUUGUAUUUAAUCUAACCGUUAGCUCGAGGAAGUAAGUAAUCUCUUUAAAUUUAUGACUCAUCAGAUCGCCUAAGGGAAAGAAUUUCCUUUUUUUGUUGUUGAUACAGGUACAUUGCUACAGCCAAUAUCAAAAUCACAAAGUCACACCUUAAAGAUGCUACCGACUUUAUAAAUUUUAUUGAAAAGUCAAAGGUGAAAAAAUCGAACGUUUUUUGCUUAGAUUAAUCCUCAAAGAAAAUUCUUUCCCGUUUAAUGUAAAGAAAUAUCAGUACAAACCCACGUUACCGCGAUGAGCACAAAGACAGCAGUUUCCUUUCCAACAUUUUCAUGGCACAUAUUGAAACACAAAGUUUAAGCAAAACCGUCUUUAAACCAACUGUUUGAAAACGCUACAUAAAUGACAUUUUUUCCCCAUGGGACAUAAGUAAACCAGACAUCGUAGCUUUCUUCGCGGAACAAGUAAACUUACAUGCCCUCCUAUGAAAUUCACGGCCGAAAGAUCUGAAAAUGAGACAUUCUUUUUAGAAACGGUUGUAUACCAAUGUACAACAUUCAGCGAAAAAAUGAGAAAAAGCUAUCCUUGACGUAAAGACGCAUUUGAAACGGAAACCUUACAGUAAAAACAUUUUCAUCUCUUAUCACCCACCAGUUGUUAAAGCGACUGUUUGACAAACGAGAAGCCUUGAGAAUCAUACGAACAAACUCCUCUGAGGAAGUAUUUCAGAUUUCAAAAGCGCUUGAUGGACGGAGGCUAGCCACACAAUUUUGAAAGAAAAAUUGCUAUUAGAAGUAAAACUCACAGAAAGGAAGGCAGUGCUCCUGAAAAAAAAAAAAACAACCAGGAAGAAAAAGACUGAAAUAUUGCCUUUCGUGACACAAUACCAGCCCUUAGUGUCUAUAAAAAAGAAGCUUUAAUGAAAAAGUGGAAUCUCAUACAAAACCAACCACUACCUUGCCAAAAUUUUAAAGAACCACCUAAAGUGCUAUUUCUUUGAGAAAGGAAAAUUAUGGCAAAGGACAUGCUUGUUAGAACCAAAACAUGAGACGGAUAGAUGUGCAGCCUGUCAUCCCUUGCAGUUUUUCAAUAAAAAUAAUUUAAGUAUCCAAAAGGCUAGAGUCCAGUAAGUAAUUAAUUAAUUACUUUUUACUGUGCCCUGUAGUCGACAGGGAAACCAAGUUCGCAUUUACAAUAAAAACUUGGGUGAUUUUAUCAGUACUAAUUAUUCAUUUAAUGGCAAACAGUGAUGAAAUAAACGUUCAUGUUGCAUAAAAAACAAGAGUUAAUGAACGGUUUAGGCGCCAUCAAAUGAUGCAUUCUUGCAAGUUUUACUCUUUCCUUAGGGAUCAAAGUGUGGAAAAGUGGGUGAAAUACAUAAGAAAUAUUAAUAAUUAACAAGCGUUUUUGCUUAUUAACUGAAAUUUUCGGACAACCGGCGAAAAUUGAAAAGUUUAACCGACUACCGACAAAGAUCGAAAAUUUUAACCGACUACCAACAAAAUUACUGAAUUUUAACCGACAACCGACAAGUGGACCCCCAUUCAGACCCUCUUCUGAGCUUCCAUCGCCUUAACUUGGACAUCGCGAUCGGGCAGUUGACUGAUGCGGGCUAGCAUUUCUGGUAAUAGAAAGUAGCCCGCACUUGGAUUGAUUUAGAUCUAUUUGCCAGAGAUCACACCAUUGGUUAAUGUGGUCGAGGUCGCGCUGUAGGCAGGCACCAUCCUCCAUCCUUUCGAUUGACCGGUAGCACUUCGUGUCGUCAGCAAAGAGGAGCAACAGAUGUUGAGGACGCUACGUCAGGAAGAUCCUUUACAUAUAUGAGGAACGAGAGUGGACCAAGUAUUGAUCCUUGCGGUACACCUGAUAACACAGGGAGAGAUUUAGAGUUGGCCCCGAGAACGGUGACCCUUUGGACGCGGUCAGUAAGAUAGUCUUUGAACCAAAACAACAGUGUACCGCAGAUGCCUAAUCGGUGGAUCUUCUUGAUCAGUAGCUUGUGCUUAACCCUGUCGAAGGCUUUGGCGAAGUCAAGGUAGAUGGCAACAACCUGCCCUCACUUAACAAGAUUUUCGCCUAUGUUGUGAAGGACUUGAAGUAACUGGGCCGUGGUGGAUUUGCCCUUUAAAAACCCGAACUGCAACUUGUGGAGCUGAGGAGCGAUAUGGUCGAUAACUCUGUUGUAAACGCAGCGUUCGAGAACUUUUGAGACAAGAGGCAAAAGUGAGAUGGGUCUAUAGUUCGAUCCUCCUUGGCAGUGCCGCCUUUUAAUAAUGGGAUGAUAUUAGAUUCUUGUCAAGAAGAUGGCAUUUUUCCCAAAAGCAAGCACUUGUUGAAGAGGGCACACAAGGAGGAGUAAAUGUGGGGUGCGCAAACCUUGAGAAGUUUGGCAGGAAUUUUGUCUGGGCCUGUUGCUUUGUAGGGAUCCAGAGAUAGUAGAACAUCGCGGACUUCAGUCGGCGAGAGAGAGAGCAUGAAGUAAAAAAUAUGAAAAAUCUAUUAACAAUCCAUAUAUUAUAGGUCUUAGAAUCAUUUUACAAAAAUAAUGACAGCUAUAAACGUAUUAUUCCAUCUCUAACUUAAAUACCCUUCAUCCCACUAUUAAACUUAUUUAUACCAAAGUGCUCAUUCAAAUCUUUCUCCUUUCUCUACGUUAAGGUGUCCCUCAAUGAUGGUUCUAUCGAUCAUUGAAAUUAUUCUUUAUACUAAACCUACAGCCGAACAUCAGUACCUUUUAGGUUCAUCAUGUCACCUCUAACACAUUAAACGAGCUUUUCCAUUCAGCCUUGCCCUGAGAAUUCGACUUAUGUGUUCCUCGAACGAGAUGUUCAAACUGCGUUGUAACGAAUUAACACAAGAACAAUACCUUAACAGUCUCCUCAACCAGAAGAUACAACGUGUUUAUACUAUCACACACAGUCACACAAGCGACUCACACACACGUAUCCCUCUGGUUGUAGGAUACCACCCCGCCACUCGACCGCUCAAUAUCAUCAAUUUUUCACAAACACAUUUACAUUCUCUCAUCCUCCCAACUUUGGCUACUCUGUUUAAAUAUAUACCUCUCGUUACCUUCCUACGUACUAACAAGCGAGAAAUCCGCUAAGUGGACUUCUCGUUCGGAACCAGACCUCUCGAUUAAUGUUAUGGCGUUAUACACUGUUCGAAGUCCCCUAUUUUCUGCAUGAUCGUCAAGAACAAACGCUACAGGCGGCCAUCUUGACCGUCUCUAGCUUGACUGCUUAAAGGCAGGGGGACGCUUUGGGAACCCCAAGGCCUGCCCUCUCGGUACAUUCGAAUCUAAUUACAAAAUGGCUGCCAGUGAAGGUGAGGGCUGGAGCUCGACGAUCUUGUAGCUUAAGAAUUGGUCGGGCUGACCCUCUUUACCAGGCCUGCUCGGCUCGUGCCUUAUUUUCUCAUAAAUUGGCCGUUUUUAUGAUAGAGACGUUAAAGUCGUCUAGACGCAUUUUAGUAACGUCUGAGACCUCAAAGUCGUCUGAUAAAAGCGUCGUUCGGACGCACUUAACAGAAGACGUUAAAAGACGUCAGAUGUUAAUAAUAAUAAUAAUUAUUCAUAAUAAUUAACAUCUAAAUAUGAUCAAAUGCGCCUUACAUGCAAAUAUAACUACUACUUGUAAUAAUUACAAUAAAGUAUGCUUAAGAAUACCUAAAAUUUAUAAUCUAAAAUUUAUCAAUGGCUAACUAUAACAGGCAAAAGCCUUCCUAAAUAAGUAAAAGGGAGUUGUAAUAAAACAGUCCAACGUUUAAUGCGUCUGUCUUAAUUACCGUUUUUUUUAAGACGACUUUAACGUCUCUAGCAUAAAAAAGGCCAUUGUUGUUGUGUUUGUAUGAGAUGGCAAGCUGCCCCGAUUGCCGAGAUCCCCGGUUCCUCGAGCAGAGAUCUCGGCAUGAGGGCCACAUAGCAACAGUUCUAUGAGGAAAUAAGGCAUUAGCCGGGCCAGCCCAGUAAAGCGGGCCAGCCUGGCUUGUCUUACAUAAACAGUAUUUGCUUGACAGUUUUUCCUUCAGUAAACUUAGCACUAAAGAAAUUAAAGAUGGUCGUGUCCUCAGGUUGGGUUCAUAUUGAGUAGGGAAAAACCAAGAAUAUCGAGCUUUGUGGUAACAACGCCUCUUGUCUUUAAUAUUUGUUAGGUGGGGGACUUCUUAUUUGCGAGAAGAUUUUACAUGAAGAUAAACGAGGCCCGAAACGUGCUGUUCUUGGAUCACUUACCAUGUUGGUUGCUACGGGAGGAAAAGAACGAACAGCAUCUGAAUACAAACAUAUCCUCGACAAGCAUGGAUUUAUAGUAACUCAAAUUAAACAAUUAGAUCAGUCUUUAUUUAUGGAUGCCAUGUUAUGUAUAAAGAAGUAAAGUUCAAUCGGUGAAUGAGUGGUCUCAGCUGUUUCGCCCCAUUUAAGGGAAUCGGGAUUCCGGAAUCCCGGAAAUUUUUGCCUGUAGAAUCCGGAAUCUUAGAAAAUUUUGCUUGUGGAAUCCGGAAUCCUGAGCCUUGGAAUCCGGAAUACAGCUGUAGGAAUCCAGAAUCCUACUAACAAUUGGAAUCCGGAAUCCAAGGUCCACUGAAAAAGAUUUCAAAUCCAGUAGUGAGAAUCCGGAAUCCAUGGCGUGGAAUCCAGGAUCCAAGACUGUCUUGGAUUCCCUAACAUGAGGCGAGCUGUUUUUACUGCUUACAAUUGGAAGCCGAGAUCUCAAUGCGCUCCGGGCUUCUUCUAGAUUUUCUCGCCACGAGUCCUUUUCGUUUAAAUGUAAUAAUCAUUUUUGAUAUCUUACUAUUACUAUUUGUAAAUGUUACAAGUGGCAAAUGAAUGAAAGAAAAUACUAUGAAAUAAAUAAAGUUCAGAGCUACCCGAAAACACCUUUCUUGUCACCCUAGACGCGUCAUCUCUCUACACUACCAUUCCACAUAACGAAGGCAGAGAUGCCUGUCUUCAUUUUCUCAAUAUUAGUAUUUUUGAUAUCUUAGUGGUUAUUUAAUAUUUACUGUUAUUAUUUUUACUUUGUUACCGUGUUGCUCCAACAAGCAGGUAUCCUAAAGUACUUUGACAUACAAACAAAGUUAUUAUUAUUAUUAGUAGUAGUAUCAUAAUUUCCUGUCAUACAUAAUUACAUAUAUAGUUACAUACAUACGUAUAGUUUAGUGUCAUCACACUUCUUCGCCCCUAGUCAAAGAACAUUACUUUUUGCAACUAUUUUUUUCUGGUAGCAGGUGAAUGGUAGUAAAUGAUACUAUAUCAAAUUUAGUACUUUGCUUUAGUUAGCUGGUUAAAGCACACUCAGCGACAUCGUGAUUCAAAGUUUUUUACGAAUAUUGAUCGCUUACUGUAACAAAAUGUAUCCCGUUUCCUAGGACAACUAAGUAUAUAUUUGGAUGAAAAUCUUAGCUGACCAGGUAAAAAAUUCAGCUGAGCAAACGAUAAAAAACAACGACAAAAUAUGUGACUGAAGUGGGGACUUUUCCGACUACCGACUUCCGAUUUUUUUUUUUGAGAAGUUGACUGACGAGGCUCGAAGAGCGAAAUAUAUCUCGAGGAUUUUAAACUUCUAGGACAUUUUUAUUUUUACAUUUUACAUUUCCUAUACGUGCGUCGAAUGUGGUAAAGACGUGAUGUCUUAUUUUGCAAGUAGUUCACGACUUCCGAUCGAAUUCCAACAGAUUACUUCCGAUCGACCCCCAACUUCCUAAUUUUGAAAAUUUUUGUUUUCAAUUUUCCCAUCUAAACUAUAGGCUCAAGUGAAAAUUUUUUACCUCACUAGUUAAGUUCUGUAUUAUAAGAGUCAUUUACUUAACCCGUGUGCACAAUAGACUACCACGCACUAUUGUGCCCUAAUUCCACUGUCUUCCUUCGCCAUUAGUUAUUUAGUCAAGUCUGUUUCACGGUAAAGUUAUGCACCUAUCAAUGUAAAUCCCGUGGGGGGGGAGUGCGGGCAAGGGGAGGGGAUUUGAUGCCUGGGACUAUCCCCGCUGUCGGGCUUUUGAUCGUGCGAAGCGACCCCGGGGUCGGGACAUUUGACUUUGACCGACAGAAGCCUGGUAUCAAUUCAGAAGCAGUUACCAAGUCCGUCCCUCGAGGCUUCCUGAAAGUCACGUUGUUGGAGAAAGGUAUGAAGUUUUCAUUUGUUUUAAUCGCCAUAAUCCGAUACUUUAAACUGUCAUCUAAACAGAUAAUGUCUAUUUUGAGGAAGUUUUUAUCUUCAAGUUCCCAUCUGAUUGUAAAACUUGAUUGAAAUCGAAUUCCACCAUGAAAGUCAGAGGAUUUUUUAUGGGUCACUGAUCCGACCUGUUCCGACAUGUUGAGCAGAUGUUAUACAGCAUUUUACGUUUUAUUAAUAUUAUAUAGCAAGGUCAAUCUUCCUGGAGUGAUUUUGUUGUUCAAGAUAAGAGAUGCUAGUGGAGAGAGAAAAAACUUAAUUACAGCGAGUAAUUUAACCGUUAACCGUAAAUAAAAGUAGUAACAACGUGUUUGACAUGUUCUUUUAUUCGUUUUAUAUAGUAUUAUAGCAUUGUUUGUUUAGAUUUUUUCCCCUGGGGUGGGGGCUUUUUUGACACUUUUGAUUGACCUUUCGUUUCCCACCCUGGGGAAUUUGAUCGAAAAAUUUUAAAAUUUGUCAAAUCCCCACCCCUUGCCCGCACUCCCCCCCCCACGGGGUUUACAUUGAUAGGUGCAUUAACCUCCCAGGCAGGCGUUUUUAAGGGAGCUCGCUAAUUCAUCCCUCCUCACAAACGCCUGCUCAACCGAAAACAACAUUCCUUUCCCAUUGUUUUAUUUGCGUGGUACAUGACCAAUCAACAGUUUUGAAAUAAAGUGUUGAAAGACUUAACACGACUAAAAAGUGACCUUAGAGUAACGUUUCCUUUCUUUUCUUUCCUUCGCUAAGGUUAUGGAGUGCUUGGAGUAUUUUGUGGGGAGAGAUGAAAAACUAGCUCCCCUAAAAGCGCCUGCUUGGGAGGCUACGGUAAAGUAAGGUCACUCUAGCUUUUUACAAAUGCAUCUGUAUGAAGCAGAAACUUGUGAUAAAAAUCAAACACCCGGGGGGCAGGUUUUAAAUGUCAUUGUGGUUUCGAAUUUACGUAUACGACUGUGUUAAUGUAUUGUCUUUAUAUUCGAGUCGGAUUAACGAGCACCUUUGUUUAUGUGCAUUUCUGACCUUCAAAACGUUGAUUGAUAAUACACAGAAAAAGCUGAAAAUUAUGACGCAAGUUAAUUACCUUCGCAAGUGACCUCUCGUCUCAUGAUCACGCUUAAGUUAAGAGAUGAGCGAGGUUAAAUACAACCCUGAGGGUGGAUCUUGUCCUCUACCAAAGAAGAUUGAAAAAAUUCUCGAUGGUUUCCGAGAGUCUAAAGCGUUGUUUGCAGCUUGUGAUUUUGGGAUCUUCGACAAACUCCACAAUUCGUCGCCACAAUCGGCUAAAGAAAUCACGGAGAAAAUGUCCUCUGAUUUAGACGCCACUACACGACUCUUGGAUACCCUUGUUACUUUGGAAUUCUUAGAAAAGUCGAGGCAGGGCGAUCAGUGGCUGUAUACGAACUCUGAAAUAGCCUCUAAGUUUUUGACAACUUCAAGUCCUCAGUCUCAACUUGGCAUAAUAAGUCUCAUGAACAAGAUUCUAUACCCCCUCCAUGGCAACUUAGAGAGCGCAGUCCUCGACGGGAGUAUGCAGUGGGCGAACGCAUUUGGAAAGUCGCCCGAAGACGUAUUUCGUGAAGCAAUUUACAGCACCGAGGAAGACAGCUUACGAUUUAACAAAGGAAUGCAUAGCGUGUCAUUCUCUGCAAGUUAUGCAGUGGCUAAAGCCGUUGAUUUAAGUGCCUUUAACAACUGCUGUGAUUUAGGAGGUAAGUCAGAUUUGAAGCCAUAUAACACUUAAUUGUAUUUUUGGAAAUCUAGUCGUUUGACAACGUUCUUGCAGGGUUACGUCAUGUCAAUCUUGAUUCUUAAAGGGCAACUCUCGCGUAGGACAACAUUUUUCAGAAAAACCUUGCAAAUGUUUUUCUCAUUGUAAUACCAUCAAGAAAUAUAUCUUCAGCGAUCUAUUUGGCUCAGAAAUCGAGAUUCAAAGUGUUAAAUUUGCCGCUUACUCGAACUUCCGCCAUUAACGCUUGGAUUUUGCCUAUCACGUGACGUGACGUCACAGGUGUGGAACAACAGAUGAUCUCGAAUAUGGCUGACUGUAGUUCUUCAAGUGAUAGCGCUACCUCUUUGUCCGAUUAUUCGGUUCUAGAAAAACUUUUAGAAUGCGAAUUAUAGGGCAGCCCUUCACGGAAAUUCAACCCCGGCGUUUUGAACCGCCUGGAAGAUCGUCCGAAGCUGAUUAGUUCGUGCGUCGCCAGAAAACGUCGAGCCUACCACUCGCCCGCUGCGAUCUCGAUAGUGAAGAAUGGUGAGUGCCUAGAUGGUUUUGAACAAUUCUUGUGUACAGUGCGAUCCGUAAAUCGCUUGAUUUCAUCAAUGCUAUGAAUGCUUCAAAUUGUAAAAGGAAAAGGACUAAUUAAACACGCAUUUUUUUUGUAUACUGAGCGUUUAUAAUUUUAGAUCAUUGUUUUCAUAUGUACAAGUAGUCGAAAGCGUACCUUCCCCUUCUAACGACUACUGGAAAUGAUAAUCUGGGCAAGUUGUCUCAGUGUAGUUUUUUUUAAUUUCUGCUUUAAUCCUGGUUUUACAAAAAGCAGUGAUUUAUAUCGAAAGCAAUAACUACGCUCUCGUAAUUCGUUGACUGCAACGCAAAUAAAUUUCCAUAUCUUUGCCCCUUGACAGCCGCUCAUGCUCGACUCGUGGAGUGCUUGCACUUUAAAAUUUGUCUCCCUUGUUGUUCUACAGAUUAUUAUACAUAAUAACUGAAAGGCGCUGUACAGUUGUUUUCCUACAAGUCGUUCACUUACUUUUACUGUGUCUUGCUCUGUCAAUGAAUUUGGUUCAGAAGUUAUUAUUCUAGCUUCUGUGUAUCGUGAUGUUAUUAUUAAGACAAUUUAAAGUUGGGAUGAGAUACACCUCCAUACCCAUGUGAACUAACUGCUUGCAUAAAACGUUUCUGCUCCCCAGUAUAUGAUUUUCGAGGUUGGGACAUGUCGUAUUCACUUUGUCUGGAGCACAACAAUGGUUAUGUUAACUACAAUAAUAAUUUGCAUUUGAUGAGAUAUAACUGCAGGAACUUCUAUUAUAAUACACCCAGUAUUGAAAACGUGUACAUAUUUGAAGCUAUUUUGUGGUUAUGGGCAGGAGAUAGUAUGAUGAAGCCAUAAACGUUAAAGAGUGAAUAAGCUCAAAAUUGAAAUAAUAUUCUCUGUCUUGACUUAUGGCAGUUUGAUAAUUUUCUGGGUGCAGAAUGAAAAGGUCAAUAUUCAACACUUGUUCUGUUGCCCUCCAUUAACCGACGUUCAAUAUUUAUGACUAAAGACAAUAACUACUAUUGGAUGGGGUGAAAAUAUCUGCUUCCAAGAGGUGGCUGUUGUAAAACGUAAAUAUUUGGAGGCAGUUGAAGUUAGAAAUAUGGAGGAGCCUCCUAGAGGAGCAUAGUGGAACACCCAGGAUUCCAGGCAGUUUGUCUGAAUUACUGGGUGUUACGAGCUGCAUGGCAAUACAAGCGGCAGCAUGGUGCCUCAGCAUAUGAAGAAUCAGAUGAUAAAAAAAGCAGGCACAUUGCCUACAGGCAAUUGGUAAGGUGAUACUGGGGCUCCCUUGGCAGGGACACAGGAGUUACAUUACCGUCCUUGAUUCCUGUGCAGUUAAGUGCAUACGACCUCAUUUCGAGGAGCCUGAAAGGUUGGAGGAUGAGAUGGAGUUCACAGGAUUCCAUUGAGCAGGGCCGAGUUAUUCAAAGCUGGGUUAAGAUAACCCAGGGUUAGUGCAAGAUUUGAAUUAAGAUUUGGAAGCUUAAAAAGUAAUUCAGUUUUAAUUCUUUUUGUCCACAAGUUGAUGAUUGGAAGCUCUAAAAAUAAGAGAGAAUAUUAUUCGAGAAAAUGCUUUUGAACACAAGAAAAAGAAACCAGGGUUAAAUUUAACUCCGGGUUAAGCGCUAACCGGCCUUCGAACAAGUGGGCCCAGAUAAAUAAAUAUACCAUGUAUUGCAAAUAACCCUACUGUAUAUAAAAUAUGAUGCAAUUUUCUCACUCACCACUGGAAGACUGGGCUAGAGCAACUUUGUUGCCAUUAAAAUGAUUGCUACCCAGCAAACAAUGUCAACAAUAAUUGUUGGAACUAAAAAAUCUAUACGACUACAUGGUCUUUUAAAGUCCAAUGGUGUCUGUGUGGGAAAUACAUAAUUCUUCUCGACUAUUUACUCACAGCUUCUGAAUAAUAAUGGCGGAUUAGUGUUUGACUAAUAACAUGUCACCCUUUUUUUCCAGCAGGUGUGAUUGUUAACUGGGAAAUAAUGUACCAGUUGAAACUUUAUAUCUUAAUAAUAAAAUGGUAUUUUAUUGUUCAUUGCUGUAUAUCUUUAGGUUAUAAUGGGAAACCCUCAUUUUUAAAUUAGAAUUUACAAAUGGAUUGUUUCCAUCUUGCAUAUUUUAAUUGAUAAGGCAAUAAUAAUAAAGAAAACCGGUCACAGUUUAAGUGGACCAUACAGUGCAUGGUCAUCUAAGUCACUAAUUGCAGUAGUGACCUAGCUUAGCCUAAACUACAAAGAAUCAAAACAUUGCAGGGCAUUGUAGUCCUUCUUUAAUUGACUAGGCUGGAAAGAUUUUAUCUGCUAACGAAAGAACCCAUUGCCUCAUCUCUGUUGGGCCUCUCUUUGGACGAGCAAGUAGUGUAGGGGUAUUCAGUUGCAGGUUCAACAUGUAGUUUUUUAAAGCCCUUGAAUUUUCUUAAUAGCCAGCAAAGACUUUCAGUUAUGGUGCUUGAGCCAUAACCUUCAAUGAAAAGGUUCAUACUGCAGGAACCUUGCCUAGUUCUUUCUCCUUUUUCACUCCCGUUAUGGAUCGCAUUUUUCUCCUUGGAAUUUUCCAAAAGUACUGCGUCGGAGAUUUAAAAACGGGUUAAUAAUUUCUUUUUUCCUUUCUUGUGAGAAGUCCCAAAGGGAAGUAUUGCAAAAGAAGCGUGACACGCGUGGCUAUCAAGGCAGUUUUAUAGUGUUCGCGGGUAGGACGGGUACAAAGUACCACUAAAGAUAAUAAGGCAAUCCUAUUUUAAUCAACUUUUUUUGAACUGUUUUCAUUUCUUUCCAUCCUUAAAAGGCCCAUUACAUGUAAUUUUUUUCGUGUGUGCAGGUUUUGCAUGGAAUGAUGCUAUAAUCUCGAGAGCACAUCUCGAAUAACUACAUUGAAAAUGAUGAUCAUAAAAUCGCAAUUUUCGGCGAGAAGUGAGUUUUAUUUCGCGUGUUUAGAAGCAAAGGUAAAUGGAUGGAACCUGCAGAUUUCAGACGAGAACAACACUUAAGUGAAAACACAAAAGGCGGUAUAGAAUCAGGCCGGUACGGCGGUCUGUGACGGAGUUCUCUUCAAAGAUGCGAGUAUUUCCCGGGAAAAAAUUAAUUCGUUUUCGAGGAAUGAAGGGCAUCAACACCCAUCAGGUAACAUUAAUGGUUGUAUCAGAAUUUUAAAUCUGCUAUAGGAAAGAUGUUCUUUGUAUUAUACGUAGCAGAUUGGGAGCUUAGCUGUUUACAAUUAUUGACCCCGGGUCGAUAAAUGUCUCACGCGACUUCAAAAAUACCCUAACAAAAAAAAUACAGAAAAAAAUCUAAAUCACCCGCAUCUGAUGCCCGUGUAAAUUUAAAAAUUGGAACCAUCAUCGAAAUGCUUUUCCUGAACGUUAAUAAGACAGUAGAGGCUCUAUUUCUCCUUUAUUUGCAAGAGAAAUUUGGUGCGCUUUUCUCUUAUAAUCUUCACUUGGCAAUCCGUGUUCCACACGUGUGACGUAAAAUCACGUGACUAACCUGAAAUCCGAAUGUUUUCAAAAUGGCGGCAAAAAUCGAGUUUUCGAAAAAUUAUAAAAAAAUAAGUUUCGCAGAUAUAUCCGAAAUUUCACCAAAGAGAGACAUUACAUGCCAUUAGGAAACCAUAGAGAACUUAAAAAACAGGGGUAAUUUUCCCGAGAGUUGCCCUUUAACAAAUGAUAUUUUUAACAUACCAUAGGUUAUAGUCUUCGCAUGGUUAGCAGAGCUGAAAGGGCACUGGUCUGCUGGGUGGGUGGCCCGGGUCCAAAGUCUAAAAAAUAACUGAGGGUGAAGGUACUGAGUACUACCAUUGCCCUUCAAACAGCAUUUACUCACAAGGGGGCAGAAGAGUAAGCGAAAAAUAUGCGCUUUCUGUGCAUGCCCGAAUUUGCGAGGCUGAUAUUUUGGCAUUUAUGGCCAGUUUUGGUUGUUUUCUUCUCAAAAGUGGCCUUACCUCAUGGGAGAAGUUAAAUGUGAGUGCAUAACAGUUCUCUAACAACUUUUCUUUCCAUGACAUAUCCAGGAGGAGUAGGAACCCUUGCCUAUGCUUUGUGUCAGUACAAUCCUCAAAUGAGGAUCACAGUCUGUGACCUGCAGCCUGUUAUCAGCUUAACUCAUCACUUCCGACCAUCAGUAGAGGAUUGUCCCAAUCAAGCCAACGUCUCUUUCAUGAUAGCUGAUUUCUUCCAGCCUGAAACAAUACCAAAGGCUGAUUUGUAUGUGCUUUCCCACAUUCUUCAUGACUGGCCAGAAGAAAAAGUUGAAAUGAUUCUUGACAACGUCUCCCAUUGUUUACCCUCAGGUAGGACAGUUAAAUGUUUUCAAUUAUAUAAGCUAAAAGCGCGCGCUAAAUCAUCUAUGCACUGAUGAGAAGAACCUAACAGAAGCAAAAAGUUCAUAUAAAGAAUGGUCGGUGCUUCGUUUUGUGCUCAGAACCGUCAAGAUUAAUACACACUUCUCUCAAUCAAAUGUAUUUCAAAGUGUCCAUGUGUUGUUUUGCAAGUUGUGAAAUGGUGGCUUUCUUGGCGACACCUAAUUCUUUACUAGUACUAAAGCACCAAUAGUUGCGUCUUUAAUUGAAAAUGUGAUCGUCGCAGUGGUAACUGCAAUUUAAGCAAUUGCAAAUUAACCCGAAAUAAAUUUCGGGACUUCGACGGGAUUCAAACUCAUGGCCUCUACGUUAGCGAUGCAGUGCUCUACCAACCGAGCUAUGAAGACCGAUAAAUUGGGAGCAGACCAAUUUGUUGAGUUCAUCUUAACCUGUGAAAGGAAUGAAACAUAGAAUAAAGAUGAUGUGAACUGCGAAAAUACAAAUUUUAAUUGAAGAUACGAUCGUCGCAUUGGUAAUUGUGUCUUUGGGUCGAAUACCCCAUAAAAGUUUUGAUUACUCGUCUUUUAUCGAUUUCAUAUCUAUUAAUACUAAUUCGCAGCCAGGUUGCGUUCAAAUUGCUGAGUGCGAAACCGAAUAAAAAAUAUCGAACUUUGCGGUUAGAACCAUUCCGUUUUAUUAUGAUGAUUAUUUUUUUCACUUUGAGGUGGGGGACUUCUCAUCUGCGAGAAGAUUUUAGAUGAAGACAAACGAGGCCCGAAACAGGCUCUGCUCCAGUCUCUUAGCAUGUUGGUAGCUACGGGAGGAAAGGAAAGAACAGCAUCUGAAUACAAACAAAUCCUGGACAAGCAUGGAUUUAUAGUUACUCAAAUUAAUCAAUUAGAUCAAUGUCCUUUUAUGGAUGUCAUCUUAUGCCUAAAGAAGUGAGGUUUAUUCAGUAUAUGAACUGGGCUGUUUUUGCCUUUUGUAAUUGAGAUGGAUGUUUAUUCAUUCUCUAAAGAAAGUGAUUGCGAGACUGAUUGACAUCCGAGUUCCCCCAACUGGAUUCGAAACUAUACUUUCUUUCCCCGAUUGUUCAAAAGGUGGUUUGCACUAUCCAUCAGAUAAAUCUCUAUCCAGUGGAUAAGGAUUAGAGAAACCAAUUGCACUAUCCAGUGGAUAGAGAUUUAUGCAGUGGAUAACGCUAUCCAUCUUUUGAACAACUGGGGUCUGGUUGCUUAUUCAUGAUAUCCUCCACCACUGAGCUAUAGGAGACUCGAGGGAUCUAACGUCAAUAAACUUCUGUCUAAACUAGGUUCAAGUGAAGGAUCAAUUUAGGUUUCAGGGAAACUGCCUACCUACCCCUCCCCUAAACUAACAUUAACACUUAGUUCUCACUCAGGGCAAAAUGUUGGCUUAGGGGAGGGGUAGGUGGGCAGUUUCUCAGAAACCUAAAUUGAUCCCAAGUGACAAAUAUUCUGCGCACUAGAGUGGGCCGUGAAUGAAGCCUGCGUGCACGCAGGCUCAAGGGAAUGUCAUAGAUCGCAUAUUCCCCAGUGUCCCAGUUGUUUGAAGGCCAAUUAGCGGGUUCAAUUUUAAUCCGGGUUUCUUUUGCUUUCCGUCCAAACAUUCCAGUCCUAGUAGGACUAUUAUAGGGAAAAGACGCCUGAUCGCAGAUUAGGAGCACUGUCUUUGCCCCAUAUUUACCGUCCUUGCCCCAUAUUUACUCCUCCGUUUUUACAUUUUUGCGACAUAUUUGCAACGAGCAAAUUUGUGCAAAUCCUUUUUUUGUCCAGUGCAGGAUGUUUGUUACAGCUGAAUGGCGUUAGCUGCCCGAGUUUCCUCUUGGCUCAGUGGUAUAGCACCUGGACGAGUAACCACAAGGUCAUAUCGAGGUUCGAUUCCUGUUGGGAGAUCUCGCAUUUUCUUUCCUAGUUGCUUGUAUCACGGACGCAACACAGUUAAAUUUUCAUGUAGACUGACGCCAUACUCCAUUUUCUAAGUACUUAGAGACAGGUGACGCGCGUCAUACUUGCUUCAUAGGCAACUUUUUUCAAGUACGUUUAACAUAAGAUAGACUUAGUAUCAUUAUUUGGCCUUAUCAUUCAUUAUAUCAGCUUUGUCCUGUUUGUCUAUGCGUCUUAUUUCUUGUUAAGGUAAUGUUGUCAUUUUUCGUUCGUUCCCGCUCAGUCAGUCUGUCUCUUUUUUUCAAAGUCUUCCUUCAAUGAUCACCUAACAAACUCUUUCCAAAUUCCAGUUCGAUCAGGAAUCGGGUAGACGAAGAAGCACUUUGUGGAUGUGCUACCUCCAAAUCAUUAUUAUUAUUAUUAUUAUUAUUAUUAUUGUUAUUAUUAUUAUUAUUAUUAUUAUUAUUAUUAUUAUUAUUAUUAAAAACAUUGUAUGGUGAAAAUACUUUAAAUGAACAAUGAAACAAUUGAUUGAACUCGGUUUCCAUAUGAUAUAAAAAAUCAUGCAGGUCUCAUAGGCGGGCUGUCCAGUCCUCACUCUUCAUAUCAUACUCAGCCUCAUUCAAUAGUUAUUUUCAGAAAAUUAAAGCAGAGGAAAAGUGCAAUCAAUAGUUUGAUUAAUAUAUUUCCCUUAACUUGAAAUAAUGAAUAUGUGAGCCUGCGGAUAAGGAAAUAACUGCAAAGAAGAUCAGUCCUCAGAGUUAAAGACGCAACUUAUGCAGUUACAGGGUUUGAAUCCCUGAAUUUUUUCAGGCUUUCUUUUCGCAAGUGCAUAAGUUGAUUAUAUUCCUUACAUUUAUCUUUAUGUUCUUUCUUUUAAAAGAUUUGCCUGUUUCUCGGUGUUUCUGAGUAUGAACGGAUGUUUUUCCUUGGAUGUUAUCCAGGAAGCAAUAUCUUUUUGCGUAUUCCUCUAUUUCAAUGUUCCGUUCGUUUUUGUUAUUUCAUGCAGGGAGUCCCUUUUGAUGUAGAUUUGAAUCCAGCCUUGAAUGAUAAUGUAAACAGUGAAAAGCUUCACCUUCAGCAUGUUCUUACGCAAAUUUUUCAUUGUUAGUCUUUACAGAGUGUUUCACUUAACGUCACCUUCGCCAUAUUGGUGUUUCAAAACAAUAAAACGGCGGCCAUGUUGGUGUUCCAUACCAAUCCUGUGGCAGUGUUUCAAUUAAAUUGCAUAGCUGCUGACCACAUGGUUGAAAACACGUGGAUAGGACGACCCACUUUCUAUGAAUUAUUAAACAUCGUAUGGUCUGAAAUGAGAAACCAAAAAAGUUCAAGGUAACAAGCCCAUUGUUUUUUUUCUCAGUGAUUCACUUUACUUUGCACAGGGGCACCCAACGACGGUUUCUUCCUAAAUGCAUUGCUUUCCAGAGCACUCUUAGAUCUCUAGAAAUGCAUUCUAAGCGGCGCUAUAAAAUUUGUAUCUGUUCGGUCAUCCUAGGAAAGCUUGAGGCUUUUCGAAACUACAAAAGCUUCAGUGUUAUUUUUCCGAAAAGUUAAGAUGCAAUUGAACGUUUUACGAAAAUGAGAAUUUUUCUUAUUCCUCACUCCAUCAUAUUUUUGAAUCCGAAAAUUUUGGUUUCUUUUUUCCACGAAAAUCAGCCUAACGUGGGGAGUAAAAUGUGAAAAAUUAAACUUCAGAAAAUCGUAGGGAGUUCUUAGAUAAGCUUCGAAAAUUGUACCAGAAUGGAACGCUCAUCCAGAAAUUUUUAGCCAUGUUUGAGCAAUAGAAAAUUCUAGGCAAUAUUUGCUUGUCCGAACAGAUAUUUUACUGAAAACAGUCGUUGGGUGCCCCUGUUUGCAAUCAAGAAGCUUAAAUUUUAAACAAAACCAUUUCAAAAACAGUGAAGGGUUUUUCAAAAACGAUGGUUACUUUCACCUUAACAAUUCAUUUAUCCACAAUCGUAAGAAAUAUUUGCACUUGAUCGUCACACUUCUGGUGCCAUUACGUCUUUUGUUUGACGGCCGGGCUUCACUCGCCGAACCUAAUGAUGAUGAUGGACAACUGAAUCUGUUGUUCUUGCUCAUUAGCAUUAAGUUUAGCUCAUGCUUGUGAAGUAGGGUGUUUGACCCGAGCGUUUGUUGUAUACUAUUAACAUCUAAGAGAGCUUAAGAGGGGAAAAUACAUGUUUUAAUCCAUCAUUCGAUUGGAACACGACUCGCCAUUAACUUUCAAGUAUCAUUAUCGGUGAUAUCAGCCAAAACACUUGACGGUUACAAAUCAUCGCUCAAAGAGUUAUAUCGGAGCAUCGUUACGCCUCAUCACCUGGUCUUCAAUGUACGUUUUGAAUACAUGCAUAUUUUACUUGACUCAUGAAACAGAUACUAACAACUACUGCAAAAUAGCUACAAGUAAACAAAAGAAGACAAUAGAAUUAGUGCAUAAUAAUGCGUAGUAUUCUACUACCUAUUUCACGAGUUAAGUAAAAUUUACAUUGCUUUUGUCGUUUAUGACUUCAAGAAAUGAGCGAUACAGCUAGAUCGUUUAGUCCCAUGCCUGAGAAGCUUGAAAAAUUUCUGGAUGGCUAUCAAGAGUCGAAGGUGUUAUUUGCUGCUUGUGAUUUUGGGAUCUUCGACAUACUUCGCAACUCAUCCGUACCGCAAUCGGCUGCAGACAUAACCAAGAUGCUGUCCUCUAAUCUAGAUGCCACAACACGACUCUUGGAUACCCUUGUUGCUUUGGAGUUGUUAGAAAAAACAAAACAGGAGGACGAGUGGCUUUACAACAACACUGAAGAGGCCUCCAAGUUUUUGACAACUUCUAGUCCUGAUUCUCAAUUGGCCAUCGUAAGUCUGCACAACAAGGUAGGAUACCCUCAACAAGGCAACUUGGAAAGUGCAGUCAUCGAGGGACGCGUUCAGUGGAUGAGGACAUUUGGAAAGUCAUCAGAAGACGUUUUUCGUGAUGCUUUGUACAGCAAUGAAGAGAGCGUCCUGCAGUUCACUCGAACCAUGCAUAACAUGGUCUUCUCUGCAAGCUAUGCAUUGGCUAAAGUCAUUAACUUAACCUCCUUCAGAAACUGCUGUGAUUUAGGAGGUAAGUUUUGUGCAUUUGUCCAUUCUAGGCCUUGCAUUUUACUGCGACGUUCGGAAGGACUUUUUAGCGAAAAGGUUAGCAUCAGAAGAAUCCUCGAAAUGUGCGUUAAACUACUCCUUUGAAGCACAAAGAGAAAGUCAAAAAUGUAUUCUCCAAGCUGUGGAUCCCGGAUUCCACGCCACGGAUUCCGGAUUUCAGACACUGGAUUCCAGUCUUUGUCAGUGGAACUCCAAUCGUUAGUGAAAUUCCGGAUUCUUUGAGCUGUAUUUCGGUUUUCAUAGCCCAGGAUUCUGGAUUCCGCGAGAAAACUUUUCCCAGAUACCGGAUUCUAAAAGCAAAUUUCCCGGCAUCCGGAUUCCCUUGCAUGAGGCGAACUGUGUCUCAUGUUUGAAAUAUAUCUAUAGCGCUGAAAUACAGCUUGAGCUGGGUCCUAUUCAGACUGGCCUCCAUUCAAAUUUUUGACGAGUAACCCCACCUUUUCACAUGGCAGUCACCCCAUGUCUGUUAAACUUCAAAGUUUCGACAUCGCCUGCGAUCAGGGUCUCCGUGUAUCUCUAUUAUGUCUUAAAAAAUGUCUUAUCGCAGUUCACUUCCUUCUGUCAGUCCCCGGCCGUUCUUAGCUAAACCAUUUUCUCGUGCUAGUCAGCAGCCCAUAACACGGAGCGAGCAACUCCCUUGUGCCUAUACAACGGCGUUUUCACGGACCAGUUUAUUUUUAGAACGAUUUUCCAGCAAAUUUUAAAUAUCCUGUGCUAGGAUUGUGACGAAAAGGAAGACCAAGCCACUCCGGGAUUUUCAUCAAUACAAGCUCUUCCCAGGUCUUCCGCUAUGAAUCUGAGGUCAAUUUAAUAAAACUUUUACCAGUGUAAUUUUCAAGUGUAGCUAUUGUUUUCAGACUCCAAAACAAUAGCUACACUUGUAAAUUACACUUGUAAAUUACACUUGUAAAAGUUUUAUUAAACUGACCCCGGAUUUUCAACAAGAACACACCAAGCCUCUCUCGCACAACACAAAUUUAAUUAUAAUUUCGGUCUGUACGAUGAACGUAAUAGCUAUCGUCUAGCGCUCCAUCAACUGUGCCUCGCUAAUAUCACCCACAAUUAGCCCAGAGGCAGAUGACAUGUGGUUUAACUGAUAUCUGAAUCUUUUGGUCAAAAUUACGAGACGUGACACGGCUUUAAAAUGGAGAUGAAUAAUGGAUGGUUGACAAAUGCCCAAAUAUUUGCCCACUAACUGCGUGUCGGUCCAACAUCCCAUUAAGAUCCAUUCAUCUGCUUCCAAAUUUUUUACUGGUAAAAAAACAAUGGUUUUGGUUUAAGAUUUAUAACAUAAAUAAUGUAGGUAAUACGAUGUACUCACGUGGGAAUACUGAAAUAAUGUUGUUGUUGUUGUUUAUUUCUUUUUUUUUUUGGACACAUCCAGGAGGAGUAGGAACUCUUGCUUAUGCUUUGUGUCAGUACAAUCCUCAGAUGAAGAUCACAGUGGGUGACCUGCAGCCUGUUGUCAGCUUAGCUCAUCACUUCCGACCAUCAGUAGAAGAUUGUCCCAAUCAAGUUAACGUCUCUUUCACUAUAGCUGAUUUCUUUAAGCCCGAAACGCUACCCAAGGCUGAUUUGUAUGUGUUAUCUCGGAUCCUCCAUGAUUGGUCAGAGGAAAAAAUUGAUUUGAUUCUUUCAAAUGUGUUCCAUUGUUUACCAUCAGGUAAGAAAAAAAAAAUAACCACCCAAUGUACCCAGGCCAUGAUUAUUCUUGGUACUGAGUUGCAGUCCAUAUAAUUAAUUAAUUAUUAGUGAAAGUUAUGACCAAUAGGGCGAUACUCACGCUGACGUCACCUAUUGACGAGUGUGCCUAUCAGAAGCGCAUUGGUUCUUGUAAGAAAAAAUUCUUUUGUUUCACUCGUUACUCGUAUGCAUGCUUACCGCCGCAACUCCCAAUAUAAAUCAAUUUGAUGCAAACUUCACUAAGCUUAUUAGCAUUCAUAACUUCGCAACAGAUGCGUCUCUAACGCUUAAUUCACUUGCCUGAGAAAACAGGCGACAUUUGGCGACACUACCGACCACUGGUUUCAGAAAUUCCAUACUGAUGACGCGUCAGUAGCCAGAUCAGGGCAGUGCUUCUGUUUGAUCAUGCCGCGUGGGGAAUUUGACUCAACCAAUCAGAAGCACUGCGCAGAUCUGGCUAGUGACGCGUCAUCAGUAUGGAAUUUCUGCGCUCGUUUCUCAGACGUCAUUUGGUGGGGAAACCAGUGGUAGCGUCGCCAAAUGUCGGCUGUUUUCUCAGGCUAUUAAUUCACAAGUACGAUGAAAUGUUUGUGCCAUUGUAAAUGCCCAUACAUACAGAUCUCGUACCUGACUUUGAAAACGGAUUAUCCGUCUCUAGUGUGAAAACAACCAUUUUAUCCAAAAUAAAUUACUAUAGUCACAUGUAUUUUGCGGACUGCAAUUACUUUGUUCGUUCGACAGUUGUUUGGAUAAAUUAUCUCCACUAAAUAUAAUUACAGUACAAUUGUGCACUUAGCUAUAUGGAUUAGUUAAAAAACUUCACUAGCUACUUUAUGGGUAUGCCACUACGAGUAAAGUAAAAUAAUAGUCGUAAGAGAUAAAAUAUAAAAUAACACAUUAUAAAAAUUAAUCAUCUCAUUGUGUUUGAAAUUAGUUUUGUUCAGUUUUAUGUAUCAGAAAGCUAUCGAGACCAAAGUUUAACUUUUAGUUUCACGUGUGUGUGGCAGCUUCAUCAGUUGAAAACUUCCGUUUGGCCGCGGGCUAGAACUGAUUCGUUGUCGUAAAGCUUCUCAAAUUAUACGUUAUAUACUUUUUUGUCUUUAAAGGCGGUGGACUUCUCAUUUGCGAAAAGUUUUUGGAUGAAGAUAAAAAAGGCCCCAAGCGUAUUCUUUUGCAGUCGCUAAUUAUGCUACUUUCCACAGGAGGAAAGGAAAGAACUGCAUCUGAAUACAAACAAAUCCUUUACAAGCAUGGAUUUAUCGAUAUUCAAGUGACUCUAGUCGAGGACUCUCCUUUGAUCGAUGCUAUUCUGUGUAGAAAGAAGUAG